AUGAAUGAACAGGGCGAAGAGGAAAGAGAACCUGAGAAAUAUAUUUUCAGUUUCGUGCAGAAAUUGAGUUCGGGGCUGGACCAUUUCGCAUGUGUUGGGUACCAUCAGAACAAACCGACGGUGUUUUGCUGGGGAGGGAACACGAGCAACCAGUUGGGGGUAGGAAUCAACACAAGGGAAUGCAAAGUGCCGACUCCGGUGCCAUUCUUCGAAGAUCUUUUCGUCACCUCCGUGUGCUGUACCUAUUACUGUACCUUCGUUUUAGCUAAGAAGAACGCAUUCGAUGUCGGGUGUUCUGUAUACUCCUUCGGGAAAGGAAACAAUGGGUUGCUGGGGUUUAGGAAGAAGAAGAUUUUUGUUUCCAAUCGUGGAGAAUCGAAUGUGGGGGGGAAGGAGAAGCUAUUGCGGAAGAUCGACAAGAAGGUGGGCCAGACGUUGUUGGACGCGUUUGGGGUUAGGAAGGGGAGGGAGCCAUCUCCCUCAUUGAGCGAUGGUGGUGAUGGCGGCGCAGCUGACGAUCGUAACGAUGGUAGCCAUCAUAGUGGGGAUGGCUUGCUCCACUUUGACGCAGACAACAUUUCGAGUGAAGAGGGUUCCGCGGGGGAAGCACCACGGGUGAAGGACCCCUCCCAGGCGUUGACUCAGGGUGCUUCCCCCUCGCAGGCGUUGAGCCGAGGUGCUCCCCCCGCGGAGGAGCAGGCGGACUGGUUUACCCCCAUCCCGAUGAAGGUGAAAUUUCGGGAACCCACGAAGAUUAUGUUCAUAUCCUGUGGGGACAUGCACACGCUGGCAAUAUGCACGAGGGGGUUUCUUUACGGCUGGGGCAGCAACGCCUUUGGAUGCGUCGGGAAUGGGACCAACACGAAUGUGUACGAACCGGUUCGUAUCUUUCUGGACGGAAGGGAAGAAGCGGGUGUAGCUGAUCUGUUUGGAGGAGGUGGAGGGGGGAAUCGGCCAUUUGGCAAUCCUCUCCAUGGGAGGAGGGGACCAAAAGAAGACUUCAUUAUUCACUGCUCCGCCGGAGGACAGCACAGCAUGGCGUGCACACUUCGUGGGGACAUAUACAGCUGGGGGUAUGGGGCAAACGGGAGACUCGGCCUCGGGAACAUUCAAAGUUACAACAAACCACAGUUGGUGAAGACGUUCCAAAAGAGGAAGAGAAUCAUUUAUGUCUGUUCAGGGAAAUCUCAUUCAGGAUGCAUAGAUGCAGAAAAUAAUGUGUACACAUGGGGGAGUGGAAAAUACUUUAAGCUCGGUCAUGGAGAUGAGAACGAUGUGCUGAGUCCGAAGAGAUUAGAACAUCUGUGCCGCUCUCGUAAGACCUUCAUGCUAUCUUUUGGCACCUUCAAUUCGUUAGCGUUAAGUACAAAGGGGGAUGUCUUCCUGUGGGGGGUUUUUACUGAACUAAAAAGGGGGUCCUCUUCUUACACCUGUAAGGUGCCUAAGAAGGUCAACACGUAUUAUAAGUGCCUCUCUGUUCAUGCAUCUGUGUACAUGUCAAUGGGGGUGACUCUCGUGGGGGACCUAAUCGUGCUGGGAGAUUGCAGUCGAGUCAUCGCACUUGGGGGGAGAAGUGGCCCUUCCAAUGUACUGUCAAGGAGGAGCCAUGUAGGGGGGGAGGAGUCCGACUCGGGAGACAGCAACCUCGAUGUGGUGAAUCAUCUCAUUGGAGGGGAAGCAAAAAGCAGCGAUCAGCCAAAGGGGGGCGACGAUUUCCCAGUUAACUACGUCAAAGAGUUACGGGGGAAGAUCCACAUUAAGGAUAUCCUCAGAACGUUCUACAUGCUGGAUAAGGAAUCUUUCCCGCCUAAGGGGAGAGACAAAGCAUGGUAUGGACAACUGACGUGGGAUGAGCACACGGAGGGCCUCUAUGCUGAUGCUGCAACAGAGGGAACGUUUCCAAACAAAGGAUUGAUCCUACGGUCUAAGAUUAAAAUGAUUGAUGGCAGUGAACACUUUAGUGUGUUCCUUUUGCAAAGCGGGAAGGUCUACACAUCUGGAGCUAAUAAAAAUGGAGAACUAGCAAAUGGAGAGUACAACUUAGGGAAGAAGUUUUCCGUCCCUGUUCCGAUCGAAGUGUGUGUUAAUAAGAUUGUCAAAAUAGCGUGUGGAUACAAUUACACCUUGGCCUUAAACGAACGGGGACUUCUCUACGGAUGGGGGAAAAACGAAAAAAGUCAACUAGGCAUAGGAGUAAUAAAGGAUUGCCACGAACCGGUGCACUUAAAAUCGCUAAGCAAAGUUAUCGAUGUGUAUGCGGGACAUGAUCACAGCGCUUGCAUAGUGAAUAGCUGGUUUGAUGAAGAUCGUCCGAAAGGGGACUCUCACGAUCCUAACAUCGAAAAUGAAACCCUCUUAGAACUGGGAGAGCUAUACACGUGGGGAAACGCAGAAAGCGGGAAGGUAGGACUCGGCAUGGACUACACACAAGGAGCGAUCCUCCUGCCAAGAAGAAUCAACUUAACGAACAAGGUGCAUAGAUGCUCCCUAGGAAACAGUCACACGUUAAUCCUAACUGAUUCGAAUGAGCUCUACGCAUGUGGUAGUGCAAACAAUGGGAAGUUAGGUUUAGCAGAUGGUAGCAUAAGUUAUAUGGUGAGUUCUCCAAGGCAGGUUCACAUAGAUCCCAGCAUCUACAUCAAACAGGUCGUAGCAGGAUCGACCUACAGCAUGAUACUCUCCACAGACGGGUUCAUUUACACAUGGGGAGAGUUUCUAAAAAAUGAAGUAUCGUCUGCCGUCCCAAUGUUGUAUUCUCAAAUAAGCAACGUGAAGCAGAUCAUCGGUGGGAAGGAUAGAUAUGUCCUGUUUCAUACGUGUGACAAUAAACUCUUCGGAUUGGGUGACAACACACACAUGCAGAUAGUGCAUGACGUGAAAGAGACGAACAUACGUGGGAGUCCCAAGCUCAUUCCAUACUUCCUUCGAGAUAGAAGCAUAGAAGCAGCUUACUCAUUUAAGAACGCCUCGUUCGUGCAGCUGGAAGGCACCCACGAUGUGUUUGCCUGGGGGUACACGUCCAACUGCCACCUGGGCAUCGGGGUGAUGAAGGCCACGCAUUUGAAGCAGCCCAAGAAGGUCGUACAGACGUGGGUCACCUAUGAGGAGGGGGAACGAGGCGAACACAGUGACAACAACAACGACGUGGCAGCAGAGCAGGGUCUACUAGACGGCAUGUUCAAUCCCCCCUUUAACGACGGACUCGCGGACGAAGUAGAGCUCGUAAGAAGGAGAGUUCUCAAAAGGGCACACUACGAGGAUGACCUAGUCUGCGGUGCCGCUUACCACCAAGAAGAAGUGGAGAAUAUGAUUAGACAAAUACAGAUGAUGCCACAUCUUCUAAACUGGGAAGAAAUUCAAGUGUUCCUAAAGAAGGAAAAAUACACGAGCAGCAUUCAGUAUGUCCGUUCUUUCGAGAGAGACCUAAUCGAUAUGUAUACGAAACAUAUGAAGGUUCUCCUAAAUCUGCACUCUCUGGAGAGAAAUUACAACGAAUUGCUUCUCAGUUACCAGCACUACGUCCUCUCAAAUGUAGUGUUCCUCGGCGAGGAGCGCCCUACCAUCAUGUUCUCCGAGCACACACACAUCUUAGAUUGUAACCGGGACAAAUUGCAGCGAUUCGUCUACAUACUUCAGCAACAGCCGGUGUAUCUCGUGAUUCUCUGUCUGAUUCAUAACUGCAAGAAUGUCAAGUAUGGGAGUGGGACGUACGAAAAUUACGCCUACGAAAAUUACUCCUACGAGUAUGGUGGGCCCGGGGGGGGCAGCCAGGAGGGGAAGCAGUUUAGGAAGCAGUUCGGGAAGCACCCUCAUAAUCAAUUGGAGACGCCGCCGCCGAAUCAGUUGGAGAGGCCGCCUCACCGGAGUGACCGCCUUCCCCCCCAAGAGAAGCGCAGCUUCUACCGCGGCAGCACCCGCAUCCUCUGCUCCUUCAUCUUCGACCUCUACCACGACCUCCGGGACGAACGCGUGCGAACCAUCUUCACGAUUUUUCUCAUCAAGCUGGGCGUGGAGGAGAUAAACAACUGUCUGCACGUGGAGGCUCUCUUCAGGGAAGACACCUCCAUUUUUUUCCUCCUCAUCAGGAUGCUAUUCUUAAAGAACGAAGUGCUGGCAAGCUUCGCGCGGUCCAUCGCUGACAUGGGAAACGCUCACUCGUUCGUGAGGCUGGUGGACUCCCUCUCGAGAUGUACCCCUGGGGGGAGACGCGCGCAAGCGGCGGAGGGGGCGGCACUCAUGUUGGAUUCUCCCUCCUUCGUAGAACCCACCGCAGGGGGUGCACUCAACGAAGUGGGAGCGAGUUACUCGUUCUCCCCUGCUUCGAUAAACCGGGAUGCACUCGCUCGCGCUUCUUUGAGCGCUGCUCCACCCAAUCUCCCACCGAGGAAGCUCCCCCCGAGGAGCCCCCCUCCCCCGGUCAACCGCUUCAUCGACGAGGCGAACGACCUCCUGGACAAGGAGUUCGCAACUUUCAUGAAGGGAGAGAUUCCAGAGAAGGUCGACCCAAUCAAUCUGCCGAUUAACAUCCAUAGCGGGAUGAACCCCAUUCCGUAUAGCAACAUGGAGGGAACACUUGGUGAUCACCCCCAAGCAGUAGUAGUCCCCGCCGCGUGGCAGGGCCAGAACCCAAAUGAACCCACGACGGCUAGCCAAAAAGAGGUCCUUGUCGAAAUAGACAUGGUACAUGUAUUCAGAGAGUUAUGCAAGUUGUUCGAAAAAAUGAUUUUCCCAGACAUGUUUCAGAUUAUUAUAAAAAAUCUUUUCAGCCAUCUGUCCCUAUGCGAGAUGAGCAGCUUCAGUGAGAACCUCUCAGAGAAUAAGAUCUUUUACUUCAGUGGGGAGCACUUUGUGUAUGUGCCCUUUUACCAUUUGCUCCUGAUGGCAAUCUUGAAUCCGAUGUUAAGCAAUGUAGAGGAGAUGGCGGAGAAGUUUUACUUCCCCGUUAUCCCACCCCAUGUCACGAAUGUGUGUAAAAGGAUAUCAACCUUGUUGGAGGUUCUUUGUAUCAACCGAUAUGACUGUUUAUCACAAUACAAUCUUAGGGAAAGCUUUCUCUCCGUGAAAUUCCUCCUUGAGAGAACCUUCUUCUCUAUGGUGACCGUGACUAACAGGCUGUGUAAAACGAGGGAAGACGUAUACCUCACCGCAUAUAUUAAUCUGUUCACUUACCACUUGAGCGUCACACGAUGCUAUGUCUAUUUGAAGGUCUUCCAGCUGUGCCAUUUGCUCAAUCUGUUUUUCCGCUUCCAGAAUUAUCUGUGUCUCUCCUUUGACGACCCCGCGGUGGAGAUCGUCAACGAGUUUUUCACGCGGCAGGGGGGGGGCAGCAAAGUAAGAGAAACGGGAAGUAACGUAGCAGGGACGGGAAGUAACGUAGCAGGGACGGGAAGCAAAGUAAAAGAAACGGGAAGCAAAGUAAAAGAAAUGGAAAUCAACGUAGCAGGAAUGGGAAGAAACGUGCCCAUCAAUAACGCGCAGGGCCGCAAGCGCAACGCCAAGAAGGGAGGAAACUUCCUCCUGAGGCUGAUGGGCAGGGGGAAGAAGGCGGGGCAGCAACUGAAGCAGUCUGAGCGGCCUCAGCUGGCUGGGGAAGCUGCUCCACCGAACCAAUCGAAAACGAAGACGCAGCAUGCCCGGCGCCUGAUCUUCUCGGAGACCCAAAUCGGCCUGUUCGCGCAGUGCAAGCUCGUGUACAACAUCCAGCUGGACACACGCUUCCUCCUGGAGGAGAAAAACAUGAGCAUCUGCGAGUUUACCAAGAUACCGAUGCCACAGUCCAUGUGCUACCGUAAGAAGACGCGCAUAAAAAAUAAGGAAUAUCUCUUCUCCAUCAUCCAGGAGUAUAAGCAGCCAAGUGGUGAAGUGUGUGUGGUGAGCGAAUGCCUACGAGGGUGUCCUCUGCUCAACCCAUGCACAGACACCUCCACCUUGCUAAUCAAACUGAAGGCACUGAGAGUGAAUUUCCUUUCCCUGGGUCAGCAGAAGGAGGCAAAUUUAGUCGGUCUGAUUGACAAAGCGCUUGACAUAUUUCUCUCCAACGAAAUGGUACACCUGAAUCAUCAGGAGAACAUCCCACCCAAUCUGUAUACGCACAAAUUUAAAAUUAACCAUCCCGAAGAGACAAAACAAGCUUUGGAACGUUUCCUCAUCUCGCAAAAUGUCAACAAUAGGGACUCCUUUUUCCUCAUAAAGUGGAGAAACAUCGCAAUUCAAAUUUGCUUAGACAUUUUAAAAAGAAAAAAACAUGUUGAUUAUUUGAGAAAAUUACAUGAACGGCAAGGUAAAAUUGAGGAGUUAAUUUUUUUACAUGAACGUAAUAUGAGGAAGAAUGUAGAGACGAUAAAGCGAGCAUUACUGUUCGUUUCCAAAUUGCUAAUUGAAAGACCCAUACUUGUGCAUGCUAGUCUCUUUGGAAAGAACUUAUUCUUUGUUAAAAUGAAAUCGGAGAAAGAUUUGCGAAGACGGAAGAGGAGUAACAUACCCUCUUUUUGCAAUACGUCUUCUGUUCAUGUGUUUUCUGUGAAGAGGCUACUUGAGCAGGGGGUGUUAGACAGCCUGAACGAGAUGCUACUUCCCGUGGUGGAUUCACUCUCCCUGGAAAUAUUCUUUGACAUUGACAAUGCGCUGAAGCUCAGCUUGGUGUUAAUGGGAGGACCCGAGCCCAAAGUCCUGCACGUGCAGACGUUCCACGGCAGGGACAUUCAGCGCAUGUACGCCCAAUCGCCCUUCAUUUCGUACUCGCUUUUCCCGUAUAAUAGGCAGAGCCUGUGCUCGAUCCGUGCCCUCCGCCUUGUGCAUUUGUUGCACGAGAUGGUUGUGGACCUCUACUAG